GUGCCGAGAGUCCACAAUUUGUUACACAUGGGAUAUACAUUGCUACCAGGAGGACCUCUGGUAGUCUUUCUAAGGCCCUUUGUAAAUUCACAGUAAGCUUUUUUUUUUUCUGCCUCCCUUUACAAAUGUACAUACUCCUAUCUUCUACCUCUGCUGAUAGGCUUGUCAGUACUGGUUGGCUGUCUGCUUAAGAGUGGGCAUGUGUCUACGAUAAUACAGAUGGAUACAGAUGGCGUACCCCCAGCAAUGAAGACUUUUAUUGCUGCUUCAAUUCAGAAGCAGGGAUAGGCACGGGCCAAGGCUGUGGCAGACAUUUUCCAAGCUUCUUAUAUGCAGUUUCUACAAGAGUUAGUUGCUGGCCUGCAUUGUUACUCUAAAUUCACUGCUAACUCUAUUUGAUAGCAAGAUGCCAGAAAUCAAGGUUACUCCUUUAGGUGCUGGACAGGAUGUUGGACGCAGCUGUAUUCUUGUGUCUAUUGGGGGGAAGAACCUGAUGUUGGAUUGUGGCAUGCACAUGGGAUUUAAUGAUGAUCGUAGAUUUCCUGACUUCUCCUACAUUAUACAAAAUGGACGUCUCACUGAGUUCCUGGAUUGUGUUAUCAUCAGCCACUUUCACUUAGAUCAUUGUGGAGCAUUGCCGUACAUGAGUGAAAUGGUUGGUUUUGAUGGACCCAUUUAUAUGACUCACCCAACUAAAGCCAUUUGUCCAAUCCUGUUAGAGGAUUACAGAAAAAUUACUGUAGACAAAAAAGGGGAAACCAACUUUUUUACAUCCCAGAUGAUAAAGGACUGCAUGAAGAAGGUGGUGGCGGUGAACUUGCACCAAACGGUACAGGUCGACGAUGAGUUAGAAAUUAAGGCCUAUUAUGCUGGGCACGUACUUGGAGCAGCAAUGUUUCACAUUAAAGUCGGCUCUGAGUCUGUGGUAUACACUGGUGACUACAACAUGACCCCAGAUCGUCACUUAGGAGCUGCUUGGAUUGAUAAAUGCCGGCCAGAUUUACUCAUAUCAGAGUCUACCUAUGCCACCACUAUCCGAGACUCCAAACGUUGUAGAGAGAGAGACUUCCUGAAGAAGGUCCAUGAGUCAGUGGAGAGAGGAGGAAAGGUUCUUAUUCCUGUCUUUGCUUUGGGACGUGCUCAAGAACUCUGCAUAUUAUUGGAAACAUUCUGGGAACGGAUGAAUCUGAAGGCUCCAAUCUAUUUCUCUACAGGUCUAACGGAGAAAGCAAACCAUUACUACAAGCUCUUCAUCACAUGGACCAACCAGAAGAUCCGGAAGACCUUUGUCCAGAGGAACAUGUUUGAGUUUAAGCACAUCAAGGCCUUUGAUAGGGCUUUUGCUGAUAACCCUGGGCCUAUGGUCGUUUUUGCAACUCCAGGCAUGCUGCACGCUGGUCAGUCUCUACAGAUCUUUCGCAAAUGGGCAGGCAAUGAGAAAAACAUGGUGAUCAUGCCUGGUUACUGUGUACAGGGCACAGUGGGACAUAAAAUCCUAAGUGGUCAGCGCAAGCUGGAAAUGGAAGGAAGACAAACGCUGGAAGUGAAAAUGCAAGUAGAGUACAUGUCCUUCAGUGCUCAUGCAGAUGCCAAGGGUAUCAUGCAGCUGAUUCGGCAGGCAGAGCCUCGUAAUGUUCUACUGGUGCACGGAGAAGCCAAAAAGAUGGAAUUUCUCAAGUUGAAAAUAGAACAGGAGUUUAAGAUUCAGUGUUUCAUGCCAGCCAAUGGGGAGACUUGCACCAUCACGACCAAUCCCAACAUCCCAGUAGAUAUCUCAUUGGGUCUCUUAAAGAAAGAGUGUGCACUCAGUCUGGCACCAGACUGUAAGAAGCCUAGAUUGAUGCAUGGGACACUUAUUAUGAAGGAUAAUAGCCUUCGUCUAGUGUCACCAGAACAGGCAUUGAAAGAGAUCGGCCUUGGAGAGCACCAGCUACGUUUUACCUGCAGGUUACAUGUUCAAGAUGUCCACAAAGAACAAGAAACUGUAUUACGGAUCUACAACCAUUUGAAAAGUGUGCUAAAGGAUCGUUCAGUGCAACAUCUGCCUGAUGGCUCUAUCAUGGUGGAAUCUAUCCUCCUCCAGGUUUCAACACAUUCAGAGGACCCAGGAACAAAGGUUUUGCUUAUAUCAUGGACAUAUCAGGAUGAAGACUUGGGAAGUUUCCUAACCUCACUGCUAAAGAAAGGACUUCCCCAAGUAACAAGUUAAGAUACAUUUCAGCCUGACAUGUAUCCCUACAAACGGAGAGUCAUUUCAGACUGAUAACCUGGUUUCUGUAGCAAACCAACCAAGGGAAUGAGUUGUUACAUGAUCUUUGAAGAAAUGAUGAGUUUUUAUAUCCCACUCCCAGAGACUAUUGUAUAUAAAAGGCUCUUUAAGUUGCAUUGUAUAGGAAUUUUCCGUCUUUGCUGUUCAAAAAGGGUUUCAGAAUGCAUUGGUGUUUUUUGCUGAAUAAUGCACAGUGAUUGUCUCCCUUGUGAUAUAAUGGGAAUCACAUAUUAGAGAGAUAUCAUAUAAACUUAAUGGAAUGUCAGUCUGUGCUUUAUUAUAAAUUUUUACUUUAUUUUUAAUAAAGUCCUGUUUUUUUCCACA